AUGGCCAACAAUGCCAAUGAUGGACAAGCCAUUGGCUUGGAAGACGUGCCGGAACUUCCUGAAGCACCCACGGAACAGCCCAAGUACAACCGAGAUUACCAUGGACUCUUCGUAAAAUUCAUGAGCUGGCUGUACAAGAGGACGUACACCAAGGCGGUCGGCAUCCAACCACACCAUGUUGCCAACUACUUGAAAGUGCGUGCAUAUGGUACGACCGACGUUGACUUCAAAAAUGUUGAGCAGAAUCCAAUUUGUGCUAUGUUCGGAUUGGCCAAUUACAUGGAGGCGUCCUUCAACUAUGGGUAUGGCGCCGCUGGUCGGGAAAAUGCAUUCCUCUUUACUCCCGAAAGCGAUCCCAAGUUGGCUCCCAAGCACUGCAACGCAGCCUACCGCAACAUUUUCAAGGCUGUCUUUUGUCGGCUCCAUUUCUGGCUGUGGUGGUCCUCAUUGCUGGUGUUCUUGGGAGUCACAGCAUUCGGAAGUUUGCUGCAACUCUGGCAAGAGGGAUGGGUGCUACUGCUGACGAAGUUGACAUUCGAGGUCGCUGGAAGGCUCGCUUGUCUGGACGGGUUGUUGAUGCCUACAUUUUGCCUGAACAGCCCUGGAUCGACGCCCGUGUUGCCAAAAAGCUUUGCAUGGGGGCUCCUAGAUUGCCUACAAGCUAAAUCCGGAUGCCAAGAGAGUGACUCCCAAAUGGUUGACCGAUCAGUCGUGCCUAAUACCCACAAUUUCUACAGUGGUGUCAACGACAUUUCGCUGCAAUUGGCUCUGCCUCUUUUGUGGGCCACCCUUGACGAAUCUUGGGAGGAGAGGAUGGAUUCUCCGGUUCGUACCAGGAUUGUACAAGCUUAUUCGUCCAUCAAGGAUGAUCUUCCUGUGGGCGUCAACCCUGUGGUGAAAGUGCCUUUCUCGAUUUGGACGCACAACACCAAGCUCCACAUCAACGAAAUCGAGCCGAUGGAUACUGGAGGUGGCGGCGGCACGGCUGGUGGCACGACGGGAACUACAAUGGGCCAGGGAACUACGACAGGCCAGGCAAGCAGUCGUCAAGUUGUGAAUGAGUCUCGGCAGUUGAUGGCUAUGCAAAUGCAGCAGCUGGUACGAACGAACGAGGAGAUUCUGGCACGGAUUAUCGCACAGCACAACCAGCUCCAGCAGCUCAUUGCACAGGAAGGUAGGACCCGCGACAGUUUGGCUGCUGCAUUGAGAGGCUGGUUGGAGACUUGGCUUGGUGCGGAGCUGAGGAAACUCAAUGGCAACAUUUGCAGGAUUGCUGUGCAGCCUCCUAGGAUUGCCACACCUGGCCAGGUAGAUGGAUUGACUUUGGAAAGAACUAGCCGGAAUGGUCAGACUAGCCUCAGGUACAGAAGUGCCGUGGUGGCUACUCCUGCUGACUGUAGGCCUGCCAAGCAAGCUAUCCAAAAGCCAGCCAAGAACUUCAGUCCUGAAGAGAUCAGGGCUUGCAAGUCUACCUAUGCCAGGAGGAAGCCACUCUGGGACCUCAUGGCUAAACUUGUCAAUUCUGGCAAAGCUCCAGCUUGGGUCAUCAGCAAGAUCGACCAUUACUACACAGGAAGAGUUUUGAAUAUUGCUGCUGCCAUCUAG